CCGGUAAGCCCGUGGAUCACUGGAGUCACGUUACAUAAGUUGGCACACAAACAACAACGACGAUGGAGACGGAAGACUGGCGAGGUGGGAGACUGGCAAUCCGAGAAUGUUAUGUUACCUACUCGGUUUGCGGCUACCUUCCGCCCAAGUUCUACUCUCGCGACCCACCGCGUUGAACACGUCGAAUCGAAUAACUUUUCGCGAAAUGCGUCGUUGAGAUUCCGCCGCGCUUAUUAAAUUAAAUUAAAGCUUAAUACCAGCAGUAAGAGGAAGUAAAACGGCAGUAAAACGGCGCGAUCCGUUUGAAUAUUUGUGGUUCCUCUUCUUGAAAAUUUCAAAGGGACGAGCAAACUGCAUAUCCGGUGUCCAACGACCAAGCCUGACGUCGAAGGAAAGGAUUACGUAGAGUUAAUCGAUCUUGGGAUUUGAUCGCACGCUAAACAAAAAGUGCUGCCAUAAUUGUUUGCGCACAUUGAUCGUCGUUGGUGAUUCGAUUACGACACUAACGCGUAAAAGCCAUAAAGUUUUGUGUCGCACGGUACGUGCGGUGACAGGAAGGAAAACCAUCAAUGAAACUGAAGACUGAAUCGAAAGAUUGAAUCGGCACUGAAAAGAAAAAAAAAGAGAAAGAAAAUAUGACUGCUACGGAAGAAACUGAACCCCUAAUCUCGUCGAGAAGUGUGGCUAGCGGCGGAGAUAAAACGCAAACGAUUUCGUACAAUACGAUCUCGUUGGAAGGAAGAAGUGAUGAAAGAACCGGAGUAUCGUGUAGAGCAGGUUCCGAGGAGGAUGCAUCCUCCUUCAAAUUAAAAUCCAUUUUACAUGGUUCGUACGCAGUGGUAGCGCCGCCGGCAACGUUAACGAUACCACCUCGUUCUACCGAAAACGAAUCAAUUACGUAUACGUGGAGCGACUUGAACGUGUACGCCGACAGAAUGAACGAGAAACCAUGGGAGAUGUUUUCAAAGAGGAGGAAACCGACGGAAAGGAGACACCUGUUGAAGGACGUGUGUGGGGUGGCGUAUCCAGGUGAAUUGUUAGUAAUUAUGGGAUCAUCGGGUGCUGGGAAAACGACAUUGUUGAACGCACUGACGUUCCGCUCGGGCCGCGGAGUAACUGCUUCUGGCGUGAUGGCUGCCAACGGACGAAGAGUAUCUUCCACGAUACUCACCUCGAGGACAGCGUACGUGCAACAGGACGAUCUGUUCGUCGGCACUUUGACCGUCAAGGAACAUCUAUUGUUUCAAGCUAUGGUGCGCAUGGAUCGAAGGAUACCUAUGGAGCAGAGAUUUGAUCGAGUGCAUCAAGUAAUUAACGAGCUUGCUCUGAGUAAAUGCAGAAACACGGUAAUCGGCCAGCCAGGUAGGAUCAAAGGUCUUUCCGGAGGUGAAAUGAAAAGGCUGUCAUUCGCGUCAGAAGUUCUUACAGAUCCGCCGUUGAUGUUCUGCGACGAGCCAACGUCAGGCCUCGAUUCUUUCAUGGCGCAUCAAGUGGUUUCCGUGUUGAAAACUUUGGCUGCGCGUGGCAAGACUAUCGUCGCCACUCUGCACCAACCCUCGUCGGAACUGUUCGCCCUCUUCGAUAGAAUUUUAUUGAUGGCCGAGGGACGAGUGGCGUUCAUGGGCACAACGUCGCAGGCGUGCAGCUUCUUCGAGACACUUGGUGCCGCUUGCCCUAGCAAUUAUAACCCGGCGGAUUACUUUGUUCAAAUGUUAGCGGUCGUGCCGGGCGAAGAGAUAUCUUGCCGUCAUGCGAUAAACACCGUGUGCGACGCCUUCCAAAAGAGCGAACACGGCAUUAAGAUUGCGUUGGAAGCAGAGGCGAUAAACGGUGAAUUCGAGGAUUCUCUGCGAGACUCAAAGUACUCGAAGAAUCGAUCGCUGUACAAAGCAAGUUGGUGCGAACAAUUUCGUGCAGUUUUAUGGCGUUCUUGGUUAUCGGUUAUCAAGGAACCGAUCCUCAUUAAAGUUCGUCUAUUACAGACGGUCAUGGUAUCUUUACUGGUUGGAAUCGUUUAUUUCAAUCAGCGGUUAGACCAGGACGGCGUAAUGAACAUCAAUGGUGCUUUGUUCAUAUUUCUCACCAACAUGACCUUCCAGAACGUUUUUGCCGUGAUCAAUGUUUUCUGCACGGAAUUGCCGAUAUUUUUGCGAGAACAUCGAAACGGUAUGUAUCGCACCGACGUGUACUUUUUAUGCAAGACACUCGCAGAGGCGCCCAUCUUCAUCGCGGUCCCGCUUCUUUUCACUGUCAUCGCAUAUCCCAUGAUUGGCUUGUAUCCGGGGAUCGAUCACUUUUUCAUUACCGCUGGUAUCGUUGCGCUUGUCGCAAACGUUUCCACGUCUUUCGGCUACUUAAUAUCCUGCGUCAGCAGCAAUUUGUCUAUGGCGUUGUCCAUCGGGCCACCGGUAAUAAUACCAUUCUUGCUGUUUGGGGGAUUCUUUCUAAAUACAGCAUCCGUUCCAGUUUACUUUGAAUGGUUCUCUUAUUUAUCGUGGUUUCGUUACGGCAACGAGGCUCUCCUUAUUAAUCAGUGGUCCGAAGUAGAGUCUAUAGAAUGCACGAGAAGUAACGCAACUUGUCCUAAAUCUGGUCGAAUGGUUUUGCAAACGUUCAACUUUAAACAGGAACACUUCUGGACCGAUAUUGUCUGUCUAUUCUCCUUAAUUAUCGCAUUCCGUUUUUUGGCAUUUCUGGCUUUACUGUCAAAGACGUGGACAAAUGCCAAGCAAAGAAUCGAUUUCUAUGCACGAUCGGUCGCAAUGUCCGUUUUGAAAGAUGAGCAGCCUGCAGAAGAGGGUGCGGUUCGUUUGGGGGAUGUGACACUCUCCUGGAGAAAUCUUUCUGUGUACGCGAUGGAUCGUGGACGAAGAAACAUAUGCAAGCAACUAAUUAACAACGUGAAAGGUGCGGCAAAACCCGGCGACUUGACAGCAAUAAUUGGUGCGAGCGGUGCCGGUAAAAGUUCAUUGAUGGCAGCGCUGGCUUUCCGCGCCGGAUCGGAAUUUUUAAUUCACGGCGAUAUACGGGUAAACGGGAUGCCGGUCGAUUCUUCUUACAUGAUGCAGAAUAGCGGUUACAUGCACCAAGAGGAUAUAUUUGUUGCGGCGAUGACAGUGGUCGAACAUCUUUGGUUCAUGGCCCGAAUGAAACUAAACGGAAAUAUGCGAGUGUUGGACAUUGGAAGGAAAAUCGACGAUUUAUUGAAAGAUGUUGGUUUAACGAGUAGACGCGAUGUACGAAUUGGUAGUGGCAUCGACGACAAAGUACUAUCUGGCGGUGAAAGAAAGAGGUUGUCCUUUGCCACGGAAUUGUUAACAGAUCCGAAAAUAUUAUUCUUGGACGAGCCAACAACUGGACAAGACUCCCACUCGGCCAAUUGUCUGAUCGCUCAACUGAAAUCGUUUGCAGCGAAAGGACGAACAGUGUUGUGUACCAUACAUCAACCGAGUUCCGUUAUAUUCAGUUCGUUCGAUCGAAUAAUACUAAUUGCCGAAGGUCGGGUUGCAUUUGCAGGUCGAAUCGAUCAAGCAGUGGAAUUUUUUGCAAGCCAAGGAUACGAGUGUCCACGAAAAUAUAAUCCCGCCGACUUUUUGGUAGCGAUUGUCGCCACAGGCUCGAAGAAUGAGAACGGCGAGGAAGUGGCUCACAACAUAUGCGACGUUUUCUCAACUAGUAAAAUUUCUAACGAGAUCGAUCGCAUUUUAGAGAAACAGAUAGAAUCGCAUAGAUCGAAAUUACUUUUCGAUGCUAAAUUGAUCACAACAAAAGAAGCACGAUACUGUUCACGACUUUACUGGUUGAUUUAUCGAGAUUUCUUGCAAGUUUCGAGAGAUCCAUCGAUACAAAUAAUUCGAAUACUUCAAAAAGUGAGUGUCGCGGCAAUUGCCGGCUUGUGUUUCGUGGGUGCUGUAAAUUUCGACCAACUUGGAAUUCAAGCUACGCAAGGUGUCCUUUUUAUCUUGGUUUCUGAAAACGCGUUUUUCCCAAUGUACGCUACAUUAGCUUUGAUACCGCAGGAGUUACCGCUCCUUCGAAGGGAGUACCGAGCUGGAAUGUAUCCGGUUCAUUUGUACUACACCGCGCGUAUACUCUCUUUGAUACCUGGUUUAAUAAUAGAGCCGAUAUUGUUUGCAACGAUUGUAUAUUGGUUAGCUGGAUUACGAGACGACGCCGAGACUUUUGGACUCACAUUGCUCGUACUUCUACUUACUAUAAACGUAUCGACUGCGUGCGGAUGUUUCUUUUCCACGGCAUUUGAGAGCGUACCGUUGGCGAUGGCAUACCUGAUACCAUUCGACUAUAUUCUCAUGAUCACUAUGGGUCCUUUUCUCAAACUAGGAUCGUUGCCGGUAUACGUUCGAUGGGUAAAAUACAUUUCCUGGCUACUGCACUCUAGUGAAGCACUUAGCAUUCUACAGUGGAACGGUGUGCAUAAUAUAUCUUGUGAAACAACUGAUUCUGAGUUGCCUUGCAUCACCGAAGGGAUCGAUGUGCUACAUCGUUACGAUUUCGAUGAAACGAAUUUUUGGAUAGAUAUGCUGUCGAUGGUCGUUAUUUAUUUCAUAUUUCACAUUCUCGCUUGCGUGUGUCUGUGGAAUCGUUGUAGAAGCAAAUGAAAAAUUAUUACCUAUGACGAUCUAUAUCGUGAUGCCAAUUAUCAAUGAUUUAUUUCUAUUUGCACUU